UGUUUUAAUAUUGUACAAUUUAGACCCUAAUUAAGAAUUCUUAUUUUUUUGUGUACUCACGUCAGAACUCGUACCUCAUUGGUUAACAGGUUUAGCAGUGCAAGUCAUAUGUCUUAAUAUAGAUUUGGCGGUUAAUUGUGUAAAGAAAUGGGGUUUUUGUUUGUAAAAUGUUUGGUUGUUUAAUAUUGUAUAAAUAAGUGUUUGGUGCAGCGAUUGUGAAAGGAAUGCAGAUGGACGUAUUGUUGGUUGCCGCCCGUUUCUAAUAAGCAAGGUGAUAAAAAAAUUUAUGAUCAAUUUAGCGCAAUAUUGCGUUAUAAUUUAAAACCCUGGUGCAAAACAACACCGUUAUUAUGUAAGCAAAAUCCAGCACACAUAUUAGCACAGCACUUGAGUGUAAGUCGGUAGAAUUUAUGCCUUUAUUCGGGCUAUAAAUACCAAUAAAUAGUCACCCCAUGUCGAGGAAGUGGAGUAAUCCGAGCCCGCUGAAAAAAUCCGUGCGUAAAUGUCACAUUUGACAUUGUCCGAUCCUAACCCCAAUUCCGAUGGAAAUCAAAGCCAACAAAAUAAUCAUGACUAAGCAAAUCGGCGUGCAGCAGCAUCAAGCAAGCCUCGACACAAAACCGCCGUUUUGACAGCGGUGGCGGCGUCGAAAAAUCCCGAAAAAUGUCCAACGCGAACGUGCGUCCGUCCGUAUAUCUAAAUUUAAAACGCGACCAUUUCGACGAAAAUGACGCCAUAUUCAAUACCUUUUCCAAUAAAGUCGCAAAACGGCUCGUCGACAUCGUUAAAACGUCCGCACAAAACACUGGCUAUACUGAAUCACCACCUCCAAAGGGAUGUCUGGACCACGUCGGCACCGUGUUAUUAUUCUUCAGCUGGGUACUUACCACUUACGUAUUCGUCGUCACCGAGUUUGCAGCGAUCGGAGUGGGUAAGCGGGCUAUACGUAGUAACAACGUCAAAAUUUCUGGGCGGUCGUCACUGGACGAGAACAGAACACAAGUGCGCGUCACAGCAAUGGCGCCCGAGAGCGCGCUUACGACCGCUCCCCGCGCCCGCCGCCCCCCGCAAGCCUCCUGGCCUCCAUGCCUUGACCCAUGUGUGGAGCCCCAGCGAAAUUCCGACGAAAAUCGCGGCAGGCUGUGUUCGAGUGGUCCUGCGACUUGCGGAAUCAAGACAUAAAAUCCACGGAUUGAGGAUUUUCGGCUGGAACGCGCCAUUGCGACCGCACCAGUGGCGGCGCAGGUGGGAGGAGCCCCCGGGUUUGGGGUCGUCUAUAAGCCCUUUUCGACACUAAAUUGUUGCGAGACACCAGCCGACCUUUGUCCCUUGACCCAUGUGUGGAGAAGUCUCAGCGAACUUUCACCCAGAAAGAAAACAAACUCGCUAUUGCGAAGAGUCCUUAGACUACUUCUGUCAAAAAUGUGGUAUCAACAUUAAUUUUUAAAUGUAUUUUUUUCUUUUUAAAGGUGCGUGGGGAGAAGAAGACGUUCUUAUUGCAGACAUUAUGAACCAGAUUUGCACUCUUCGCAGACUAAUUAUGCCGAAAUGGUUGAACUUCAAUAAACCCCUUAUUUGGAGCACGCCGCUGGCUACAUAUACAAGUUGAAAGUGGGAAAAUUUCCGCCAUAAUUGUGGUAAUUUUCCACGAGUUCUUAAUGAAAGUGGUGGAUUUAACAACCGGUAUGCCGUCGAGAGAUGGCUUGAAUCAGAUAUUUCCAUUUGUUCGGAGUGGUAAAAUUUGUUUAAUACAUGUGGUACUAGCUAUAUUUUCUCUACGCGCCAGUGGCGUAUCGAGUUUUGUCUAGUUUUCUAUAGUCUAUAAAAUUGUGUAAAUAUUUAUACUGAAUUCAUUACUAAAUUGUGGGUAAAUUAUGCGGUUUAUCGAAAUAACAUUGCGGAAUAAGUUAAUUAUUUCAAGUGAAAAGGGUGCAUCAGCAACGAAGUAUAAACAGAAUUAUCUCAUCUGAUAACCUAACUUAUAACAUUAAUAUUAGUGUUAGAUUGGAGAUAUCAAAAAAAUGCGAUAUUGCUUGUGUUUCAGUCAUAGUUUAAUAGCAACUUUGGAAGAAUAAACAAGGUGAUCAGUGGCGUCCGACAUCCUCUUAAUCAACGGCCAAAUUUUAGUGUGACCUCAACGGAUCGGAUUAAGUACAAUUUUAAAAUUUUUUCGCCCAUUUGUAAUAAUAACCAUUUGCUUUUAUUGCAAGCCUCCACUAAUUCAAGUAACGUACAUGUAUUUACUUAUGUCAUUGGCAUAAUUUAUUUAAUUAGGUUAGUAUGUACUCAUUCAUAUUUCUUUCUAUUUUUAUUAGGUGCCAUGAAACCAAAAUUCGUUAGCAGUGACGCACGUAGACAGCUGUUCUAGUUAAAAAUGAAUAUGUAUUUGAAUUUUAAAUAAAUUUUACUUUUUGAAUUUAAA